AGUCAAGUACGACAAACAGUUCGACUAUCAUUCGGCAGUUAUGUACUUGAGCCAAUUCCGGACCACAAAUUGAAAUCUUUUUCAAAAUCAUCGGUCGUUUUACAGUAUUAAAAAAGAAAAAAAACUGAAAAAUGGGGAACAAUAUGAGGGCAAUUCUCGUUCUUUGUGGCUUCAUCAUUAGCAUCUGCUAUUCUGCACGUGCUGAGUCUACCUCAGAGAAGAUAGCACAGGGCGAAAAACAACUAGGGGAUCAAAUUCGAGCAAUUUUAAAACAUUAUCAACAAGAUGAUCCCGUGGGACUUCCUGGUGCUCCAGUGCCUGAUCCGAUGCCAGUACCUGAUAUGAAACAUUCUUUCUCUGUAUACACGAUGACAUUCAAGGAAAUUCAAGUAUAUGGACUUUCGAAAUUUCGAAUCGAAAAUAUAAAAUCUGAAUUAGCACUCAUGCAGGUAUCAGUCAGGUUGAGUAUUGAGACUCUUGAUAUUCGAGGACUGUACACUUUGUCCACUUGGUUAUCGAGAUCAGCCGGAAACUUCACUGUCAAGUUGACUGGUGUCAUCGUUGAAGGAAUUGCAAAACUGGAAGUUGGAACAGAUGGAAAAUUGCAUGCACAAGAUAUCGAUAUGGACUUAACUUUCGACAAUAUCGAUAUGGAUUUCAAAAAUCUGGGAUUUUUGGGAUCCGUUUUCCAAGGAGUUAUUAAUUCAGUAGGAACGUUCAUUUUUGACAGUAUCAAACCAUUUAUACUCAAAGAAGUCAAUACUAAUAUUAGGGGCGAAGUGAAUGGACAAAUUUCACAAUUACCACAGUUUUUCCCAAAUUCGAUAUCGCCAUUCGACAUGGCAGUUUCUGAGGCUCGAAAACAAGUUACUGAAAUGGGAUAUGAUCCAUAUCGAGUUAAAGAUUACACCCAAAGUAUUGGAAUAUUUACAGUGACUUCAUCCCACACAUGGGUCACGGGUUUAGCGAGUUUUUAUCGUAUGGGGAAUAUUACACUCACAAUGGAAAAUGGCACCGUUUAUGCAGUUUUGGAUGUGGGCACUCAGGAAAUAGAAGGCAGGACUCACUGGGAGGUCAGUGUGAUAGGAGGCGUUUUAUCUCGAGCAGGAACCGUAUCCUUUACUGUCGAUUACUUCAGAGUUCAAGUCAACCUCAGCCAACCCUUGGACACACGAAAACGUGCCACUUUGGAGGAACUCGAUCUUGAACUGGGCAAUAUUCAAACUAGGAUACAUGGAGCUGGAACUUUGGACUAUGUAAUGGAAGCUGCAGUCAAUAUUCUACCAAACCUCCUGAGGUACCAAAUAAUGGAUGCUGUGGAAGGACCAAUUAAAAGACGUAUACAAGCGGAAUUAGAUAAGGUUGACGUCGAGAAGCUGAUUCACGAGAAAAUCCCUGAUAUCGAAGAACAGGCUAGGUUGCUUCAGGGCUUACCUCCUGUUGAUGACAUCCUAUUAGAGGAAUCUGAUCCACCUUCUGAACUUGAAAAUCAAGAACCUUUUUCUGAGAGUGAGGAGGAUCGCGGACCAUCGUGAAUUUAGUAUUAAUUUUAUUCUUUAUUUAUCAAUAAUUCUACUACACACGUUAAAAGUUGGUUUCAAAUUUUCUCUUAUCUUUAGAAACAAUCUUUCUAAUUUUCAAUUUUCGAACACAUUUUGCAGCUUUUUCUAAAAACAAUCUUAACAAUUACAAAUUCUCCGUACAACAUUAAAUUAAAAUAAUAUAGACAUUUAGAAGAUAUCAAAGUUAAAACAGUAGAGAAGGGUGCAAAUUUAAAAACUAGUUUUUUUUUACAUUUUCAUCAUUUAUGAUAGAAUGUCUUAGAUUCAUGUGAACUUAGACCUGUCCAGUUUUCGUCAAUUCUCCACGUGUUUAGACACGAAUAAUAAAACUCAUGAAUAUACAAUAUCAGGAAUUUUAUUAUUGGGGCGACUAAUAAAUCCCGAAGAAAAAUUUCCAACACUGUAAAAUUCCCAAAUUGGAAAAUCCCUGAAUAAUCAAUUUCCUCAAUUGGAAAAUUCCCGAUUAUUAAAAUUACCGAAUAAUGAAAUUCCUGACACUGUAAAAUUCCCGAAUUGAAAAAAUUCCGAAUAAUAAAAUU